GCGCGGGCGGGCCCGUCCCCCCUGCCCCUGGGUCGCUCUUUUUAAGCUCCCCUGAGCCGGGGCUGCGCUCCUCUAAUUGGGACUCCGAGUCCGGGCUAUUUCUGGCCCUGGCGCGGCUCCAAGAAGGCAUCCGCAUUUGCUACCAGCGGCGGCGGCGGCGGCGGAGCCAGGCCGGUCCUCAGCGCCCAGCACCGUCGCUCCCGGCAGCCCGGAGCGCGCACCGCAGGCCGGCGGCCGAGCUCGCGCAUCCCAGCCGUCACUCCCCCACCUGCUCUGCAGACGAGGGAAGAUGAGCGAGUCGAGCUCGAAGUCCAGCCAGCCCUUGGCUUCCAAGCAGGAAAAGGACGCCACUGAGAAGCGAGGGCGGGGCAGGCCGCGCAAGCAGCCUCCGGUGAGUCCCGGGACGGCGCUGGUAGGGAGUCAGAAGGAGCCCAGCGAAGUGCCAACACCUAAGAGACCUCGGGGCCGACCAAAGGGGAGCAAAAACAAGGGUGCUGCCAAGACCCGGAAAACCACCACAACUCCAGGGAGGAAACCAAGGGGCAGACCCAAAAAACUGGAGAAGGAGGAAGAAGAGGGCAUCUCGCAGGAGUCCUCAGAGGAGGAGCAGUGACCGCGCCGCUGUGCCGCCUGCUCCCUCACCGAGGAGCAGUUUCCUUCUGGGACUGGACAGCUCCGCUCCGCUCCCACUGCCCCCACCCUUCCCCAGGCCCACGCAUCACCGCCACCCACCUGCACCCUCACCACCACACUACACCGCACACCAGCCGCUGCAGGGCCCCUAGGGCCCGAGUGGGAAGCAGUUUUCCUUUGAUUUCAAUUCCCAGCGACCCCUCUCAUCCACACGCCACACCUGCCCCCUGGACAAAGCUGACUUCUCACGUCACUGCUCCCUGCGCUGCUGAUCCCCACUCCCUCAGCAGUGGGGACAUUGCUGGCUGGGCUCUUGGUCUGGGGGUCCCUUCUGAUCCCUGACUCUUCCCUCUGGCUUCCCAUUAAGGGGCCUGGGAGGGCUCCCCUGGCCUUAAAAGGAGCCCAAGCCUCAUCUCCUUUUGACAUGGCCCACUCCCACUGUACUAACAGCAGCAGGUGUGGCUCACACCCAUUUUUCUUCCCCACCUUGCCUAGUCCCUGCACUAGGUUGGGCAGCCCCCUUGGGGGCACAGGAAGGAAGGCAGGAGGGGUCUAAGCCCCCUACUCGCCCUAAGCAGGUUCUAGUCCACCUUGCCCUCACCCUGGAGUCUACUGCAGUGAUGGAGAUGCAGAACCACCUUUAUCCAGGGGAGGCCCAGGGGCCUGGGUUUCCUGUGACAGCCACUCGAGGUGGGCUGGAGCCACUCCUCAUCCCCAUCUGCUUCCACUCUUGGCCUCAGUUUCCCCUUCCCUUACAUGGGGCACUAAUAACAAGGAGCUAGCCUUGCCCACUCCCACCCUUCUGCUCCUCCCCACCCCCCAAGGUUCUGGUUUCAUCUUUCCUCUGGUCACAAACUACCUCUGGACAGUUGUGUUGUUUUUUGUUCAAUGUUUCAUUCUUAGACAUCCGUCAUUGCUGCUGCUACCAGCGCCAAAUGUUCAUCCUCAUUGCCUCCUGUUCUGCCCACAUUCCCCUCCUCCAAGAUGCUCUUAGAGGAAGGGGCCUGGGGCAAAGCAGGCUGGGUUACCGACUACCCCAGUCCCAGGGAAGGUGGGGCCCUGCCCCUAGGAUGCUGCAGCAGAGUAAGGAGGGGGGCCUGUUUUGACCGGCAGGUGUAGGGGCCACCUUCUUCCCCUGUUCUGUCAGGGAGGAGGUAGCCAUUAUUUGUCCCAGCCUGGGGCCCCCUUCUGGUUUCCUAUUUGCAGUUACUUGAAUAAAAAAAAUAUCCUUUUCUGGA